GGGGGAUCCCGGGAGGGUUUUUGGGGGUUUUUUUGGGGCGGUUUUGGGGUUUUUUGGGAGGAGCCGCCAGGGGUCGGCGUUAGGCGCUCACCGGGGCCGCUGUGCCGCAGGGGGCGGCGAUGGAGGCGCCGCUGGAGGCGGAGCUGGAGGAGGAGCUGGAGCUGGAGGGGGCGGAGCUGGACGUGCACAUCCAGCAGAACCUGGAGGACGCCCUGGUGCAGGAGGCGCUGCAGACCGGCGUGGACCUGCGCCAGUAUUCCCGGCAGGUGGAGCUGGAGCUGCAGGAGGUGGAGAGGGCCUCGAUCCAGGACUACAUCCGGGAGAGCGAGAACAUCGCGGAGCUCCACAACCAGAUCAGCGCCUGCGACGCCAUCCUGGAGAGCGUGAUCCUGGAGGCGCCGGUGACGUCUCCGGAGUUCCUGGAGCAGCUGCGGGCGCUGGACGCGCAGAUCGGGGCGGUGAAGGAGGAAGCGUUCCGCGACACGCUGGCCUGCGCCGACGUCCAGCACGUGCUGGACAAGCUCCGCAUCAAGGCGGUGACGAAGAUCCGCGAGUUCGUGCUGCAGAAGAUUUUCUCCUUCCGGAAGCCGAUGACGAAUUACCAGAUCCCGCAGAACUCCCUGCUCAAGUUCAAGUUUUUCUACCGCUUCCUGCUGGGGCAGGAGCGCGCGGCGGCGCAGGAGCUGCGCCAGCACUACGUGGCCACCGUGGCCCGCGUCCACUUCUCCUACUUCCGCUCCUACAGCGCGCGCCUCAUGAAGGUCCAGUACGAGGAAGUGGCCGACAAGGACGACCUGAUGGGGCUCGAGGACACGGCCCGGAAGGGGUUCUUCUCGAAGCCGUCGCUGCGCAGCCGCAACACCGUCUUCACCCUGGGCAACCGCGGCGCCAUCAUCGGGCCCGGCGAGCUCGAGGCGCCGAUCAUCGUCCCCCACGCCGCCGCCAAGGGCGACCAGAGGUUCCCGUUCGAGGCGCUUUUCCGCUCGCAGCACUUUGCGCUGCUGGACGCCGCCUGCCGCGAGUUCGCCUUCCUCAGCGAAUUCUUCCUCGUGGCCGGAGCCGCCGCCCAGGAAUUGUUCAACGCCGUCAUGGGCAGGACCCUCGCCAUGCUCCAGAAGCACCUGGAGAGUUUCGUGGCCGAUUGCUACGACGCCAUCGCCGUCUUCCUCUGCAUCCACCUGGCGCUGCGCUUCCGCGCCCUCAUGGCCAAGAGAGGGGUCCCGGCCCUCGACGGGUACUGGGCGUGGCUGCUGGAGCUGCUGUGGCCGCGCCUGGAGCUGAUCCUGGAGCUGCACACGAGGAGCGUCCGCGACAGCGACCCGCGCCGGCUGAGCCUCGACACACGGCCACACUACAUCACGCGCCGUUACGCCGAGUUCUCCUCGGCCAUCGUCAGCAUCAACCAAACCCUGCCCAGCGAGAGGAGCGACGCCCUGCUGGGCCGGCUGCAGCUGGAGGUGGAGAACCUGGUGCUGCGCGCGGCCGCCGAGUUCCCGUCGCGCCGGGAGCAGCUCAUCUUCCUCAUCAACAACUACGACAUGAUGCUCAGCGUGCUGAUGGAGCGAGCGGCCGAGGAGAGCAAAGAGGUCGAGGGGUUCCAGCAGCUGCUGUCGGCGCGCACGCAGGAGUUCGUGGAGGAGCUGCUGGCGCCGCCCUUCGGGGGCCUGGUGGGGUUCGUGCGCGAGGCCGAGGCGCUGCUGGAGCGCGGAGAGGGAGAGAAACUGCGCGGGCACGAGGCGCGGGUGACGCAGCUGAUCCGGGGUUUUUCCGGGAGCUGGAAGGGCGCGGUGGAGGCGCUGAGCCAGGACGUGAUGAGAUCCUUCAGCAACUUCCGCGUCGGCACCGGCAUCAUCCAGGUGCGCUGA